UGAGCGAAGACAGGUGUUGCACAUAGUUUCACGCCUUUCCUUGCUAUUUCUAAACACCAGGAGGCUAGCCUUCCUUUCUCACACCAAGUUCAAAUUCAAAGCUUGACGAUGAUGAAGAAAAUGAGGCUUCAGAGAAGUGUGUUUGUUUUCGGCUUCUUAGUCUGUUUGUUUGUUUGUGGUUCAGUUGUGAGUGAUGCUGCUGAUACGACAGCGGAGGAGUGCAACGAUGUGUUUCAGAAGAUGAUGAUAUGUUUGGAUUAUGCUAAAGGGAAGAGCCCAACGCCAUCGAAGGAUUGUUGCACUUCGAUAAAAGAUAUAAAAGACAGCAAGCCCAAGUGUUUGUGUUAUAUCAUCCAGCAAAGUCAUAGCGGAGCUGACGCGCUAAAGAGCUUAGGCGUGCAGGAGGAUAAGUUGCUUCAGCUUCCCACUGCCUGUCAAAUUCAAAACGCUAGCAUCAGUAACUGCCCCAAGCUUUUAGGUCUAUCUCCAAGCUCUCCAGAUGCGGCUAUCUUCACAAAUGCAUCCACAACAGCAGCUCCUGCAACCACAGGAGGGACAUCAUCGCCAGACAAAGCUGAUUCUACCUCAAAUGGGUACAAAAAUGGACCAUAUCUUGUUUGGCCAACCUUGGUGGUAGCUGUGGUCGUCGUUUUCUUUGCAUUAGUCAUCACUGGGUCCGACUCUCUGUUUUCUAAAUGGGAUUGAAAAUUACCCUCAUGGGACAGUCAAGACUCUAGUGUGUUGUUGCUUUCAUCGUGAUGUUUUCUUGAUUCAGGUAGCUCAAGAUUUAAUGCUUUGUAUUCGUCUUUGUUGACUUUAGAGACAUUAUCUAUCUAUGCAGUUUAUGGGAUCUUUUUGUA